AUGGCUAGAACCAAACAAACCGCAAGAAAGUCCACUGGUGGUAAGGCACCAAGAAAGCAGUUGGCCUCAAAGGCCGCUAGAAAGUCUGCCCCAUCUACUGGUGGUGUCAAGAAGCCUCACAGAUAUAAGCCAGGUACCGUUGCCUUGAGAGAAAUCAGAAGAUUCCAGAAGUCUACUGAACUUUUGAUCAGAAAGUUGCCAUUCCAGAGAUUGGUUAGAGAAAUCGCCCAGGACUUCAAGACUGACUUGAGAUUCCAGUCUUCUGCUAUUGGUGCUUUGCAGGAAUCCGUUGAGGCCUACUUGGUUUCCUUGUUUGAGGACACCAACUUGUGUGCCAUCCACGCCAAGAGAGUCACCAUCCAGAAGAAGGACAUUCAAUUGGCCAGAAGAUUGAGAGGCGAGAGAUCU